AUGUAAACUUCAAUUGAUCUACCUUCUCCAUUAGGGAUUGUUCAAACUUCUUCUAUAACUAGUACAGGCAAAAUAUUAAGUCCUGAUUAUGAAAACAAUCUAAAGAAUGCAGCAAAAAGGAGUGAAGAGGACAAAUUAUUUAGAAAGCAAAAUUAGAUGAAUGAUUAAGAGGAAUUUGAAGCUAUAGAGGUUUAAAACGGAGAAUAAAUUUCUCUAAUUUAUUAUUAUAAGGCUUUGAAAAUGGAUGAAGUAAUAUAGCAGAAUGAAAAUGAAAUUAUCAAUAUUGUUCAGAAUAGACCUAAAUUAGGAAUGAUUGAAGGUAGUUUAAUGAAAAAAAGUCCUCAUUGGUUUUAAGGCUAUUCACAGAGAAACUGUAUAUUAAGAAAUAGAGUUUUUAGAUAUUAUAAUGUGGAAAAUAAGAAACUGUAAGGAGUUUUAAAUUUUGAUGUUUAGUCAUUUCAAUUAUAAGAGUUAUAGGAUAAAAAUGGAAAUACAAUUGAAUUUAUGUAAUAAUUUUUCUAUUCUUCUAGUUUAAAACCAUUAGGAUAAACUUAAAAGGUUUUUCAGUUUAAAGGAGGAACUGUUGAUCAGACGAAAACAUGGGUUUAAUUGAUAAAAUAACAUUUAUAAGAUUCUAUAGGAGCAUUGAAGGUUUUGAAAUCAUUAAGUUAAUAUGAACGUUUUUGGAGAGUAUUUAAAUUUUUAUUUAUGUUUAUUUUAGUUUGAACGCAUUUCCACAUUAUAGAUUAUGGAAGACGCUGAAGAUGGAGACAUUUUAUUAUUUUAAGGGAAAGAUAUAAAUUGUCAUAUCUAAAGAACUUUAACACAGUCUAAUUUUGAUCAUAUUGGAAUUUUGAUACGUUUAGAUGAAAAUUAACUAUAUUUAUUUGAAGCUUUACCUUUACAUGGAGUUGGAUUAUGUCGUUGGAGUAAGUUUAUUAUAUGUAAAUGGAAUUAUCUUUAUCAUAAGUAAUAAUAAACUUUAUUAUUAAAUAGAAUUAUAUAUAGAAAAUUACAAGUCAUUCGAGAUGAUAACUUUAAAUCAAGAAUGCAUGAAUUCGUUACUGAUAAUAUUGGUAAAUAAUAUUCCUUUAAUCCCUCUAAAUUAUUCAAAUUUAGAUCUACAAUGCUCCAAGAUCCUUAAUAAUAAUAAACAAGAACUUUUUUUUCUUCUGAACUAGUAGCCGCUUGUUAUAAAUAUUUAAACCUUAUAUCAAAAGAAAUUUCCUCUACAUAGUAUUGGCCAGGUUCAUUUUCAUCAGAAAAUCAAAAAUUGGCUCUUCAAUAUGGUAGCUUAAGCGAAGAAUAUCUUAUCGAUUUUGAAGGUGAAUGA